CUUCUCUGCCAAGCCCCUCACCGACGGGACGGCUGUGCAGCCCACCUGCCUGUGCCAUGAGCUCGGGGAAGACCCUCCGCUGCCCUCCAGGAGCAGCAGCCCACGGGGAAGCCACCUCCGUGGUGCCCACCUCACUUGCAGCCGGGGGCACGGGGCGAGCAUUGCCCGCAGCGGCACGGCACGACACGGGGAGGGAGUCGCUGCUGCCUGCCGCCUCUACCCACCGUGCCGUGCCGUUCCAAGCCGUGCCACGCCGUGCCGUGCUGUUCUGAGCCGUGCCACGCUGUGCCACGCCGUGCUGCUCCGAGCCGUGCCGUGGCCGGCCGCUCGGUGCGGGCUGCCGGAGCUGUCCAGCUGCCCGCGCCUGCCUGCCCGCAGCUCCAGCCAUCCCCGCCAUGCGAGAGCGAUGAGAGCAGCUCCUCCAGACGCAGCCCGGCAAUGGAGGAUGAUUUAUUCCAGCUGAGACAGCUGCCGGUGGUCAAGUUUCGCCGCACUGGGGAAAGUUCAAGGUCAGAAGAGGAUGCCAUUUCAGGAGAACAUGAAAUUCAGAUUGAGGGUGUUCGGACAGAGCUAGAGGCUGUCGAGCUAGAGGAUGGAGCUGCAGUGCCAAAAGAAUUUGCCAACCCAACUGAUGAUACUUUCAUGGUGGAAGAUGCGGUGGAAGCCAUUGGAUUUGGAAAGUUCCAGUGGAAGCUCUCUAUCAUUACUGGAUUAGCAUGGAUGGCAGAUGCUAUGGAAAUGAUGAUUUUAAGUAUCCUAGCUCCUCAGCUUCAUUGUGAGUGGCGAUUACCAAGCUGGCAGGUUGCAUUGCUCACAUCGGUGGUGUUUGUGGGAAUGAUGUCCAGUUCCACCCUCUGGGGAAACAUUUCAGAUCAGUAUGGGAGGAAAACAGGGCUAAAGAUCAGUGUGUUAUGGACGCUCUAUUAUGGGAUCCUCAGUGGUUUUGCACCAGUGUACAGCUGGAUCUUGGUGCUGAGGGGCCUGGUGGGCUUUGGCAUUGGAGGAGUACCUCAGUCGGUAACCUUAUACGCUGAAUUCCUUCCAAUGAAAGCCAGAGCAAAGUGCAUUUUAUUAAUAGAGGUCUUUUGGGCUAUUGGGACCGUGUUUGAAGUCCUCCUAGCAGUGUUAGUGAUGCCCACUCUUGGAUGGCGGUGGCUUCUCAUUCUUUCUGCCCUUCCGCUUUUGCUCUUCGCUGUCCUAUGUUUUUGGCUGCCAGAAAGUGCCAGGUAUGAUGUAUUAUCUGGAAAUCAAGAAAAAGCAAUUGCCACUUUAAAGCGGAUAGCAACAGAAAAUGGAGCUCCGAUGCCCUUGGGAAAAUUAAUUAUUUCCAGACAGGAAGAUCGAGGAAAAAUGAGGGACCUUUUUACACCACAUUUUAGAUGGACCACGUUGUUACUCUGGUUUAUAUGGUUUUCCAAUGCUUUUUCAUAUUAUGGGUUAGUUUUAUUAACUACAGAGUUCUUCCAAGCAGGAGACGUCUGCAGCAUUUCCAGUAGAAGGAAAGAAGUUAAAGCAAAGUGCAGCCUGAGCUGUGAGUAUCUGACAGAGGAAGACUACACUGAUCUGCUCUGGACAACUCUGUCAGAAUUCCCUGGUGUGUUAGUAACACUGUGGAUUAUUGAUCGGAUAGGCCGCAAGAAAACCAUGGCCCUGUCCUUUUUUGUCUUCUCGUUUUGCAGUCUUUUGCUGUUCCUCUGUGUUGGAAGAAAUGUUCUUACUGUGCUGCUCUUCAUUGCAAGAGCUUUUAUUUCAGGAGGAUUUCAGGCUGCUUAUGUUUACACUCCUGAGGUUUAUCCAACAGCCACGCGUGCUUUGGGGCUGGGAACGUGCAGUGGAAUGGCCAGAGUGGGAGCCCUCAUAACCCCCUUCAUUGCACAGGUGAUGUUGGAAUCUUCAGUCUAUUUAACACUGGUGGUUUACAGUGGAUGUUGCCUGCUGGCCGCUGUGGCUUCGUGCUUCUUGCCCAUUGAAACAAAAGGCCGUGGACUGCAGGAGUCCAGCCACAGAGAAUGGGGACAGGAGAUGGUUGGGAGAGGAUCUCAUUCCCCGGGAGUCACCAGGUCAAACUCUGGAUCACAGGAAUGAUGGGACACGAAAUCCUGAGGAAAGAAUGGAUGAUAUGAUCAAGAUAUGUUUCACAAAAGUCCAAGCCUGAAGCAUAGAAAGCAGACCAUACUGUCACUGCCAAUGUCACGUGUCAAACUGCAGGAACUUUUGGGCUGAGCCUAAGCAAAUUGCAUCUCUACUGCUCCUUGCUCACACUCAUAAAAACUUUGCUUCCGUAUUGAGAGGCAUUUGAUCCAGAUAUCAUUUGAAAUUUAGCAGGAAGGGUUUUUCUUAAGUUUCUUGUGCUUGCAUGGUCAGCUAUUCAGCUUAAAAUGUCCCGUGUCAAGCAAAUAGCUAACUGGAUGCCACUCAGUAUCAGCUGUAAUUAAAACAAUGUACUCUUGAUGCCUAAAAUCAAAAGAUUUCUAUUUAUUGUGUACCUGGCAUAGCACACGGUGGAUUCCAUACACUACAGGAUAGGUUUUAUGAAUUAGAUGCCUGCCUUGCACUUUUUAGCCACCGACAACAACAAAAUGAGGUAACAGCAAACCAACCAAUGCUUUCUAGUUCCCUUGCUUACGGGUUCUGCUCCUUGAGAAUUUACAGGCGCUGUAAGUGAGACUUCUUGGAAUCUAUUUCCUCAACGUUUCUGCCUCCCAGGGCAGGUAGUUUUGGUUGGUGAGGAGUGGUAUUUGUUGCAGAGAUGGAACCUCAUAUGAAAAAUGUAAAUCUUGAUGGUUUGGAGCAGAAAUUGACUUUUCUGACAUUGCCAGAAACACUGAGCACUCUGUUUGUUGCCUGGUGAAGACUGCUUCGGCUGUACUGGUGUCUCUGUGUGUGUGGAGAUGCACGCUGUGUUUUUCUGCAUGGGUCCAGGUCUGUUUCUGCUCAAUUUGCCUAAGUAUGUUCCCGCAGUGGUGUAGCCAGAGCCUUUGAUCAAGGUGCCUCAGUCGGAACAGCUGCGUGUAGCGGUUUGGAUGGAGCGGCUUUCAAGCGGCUCCCAACAGAAGUUGGUCUCCUGACAGCUGGACUGAACUUUUUGAUAGCUGCAGAUUGUACAUCGACUGCAACGUCAAGCUGGUGACAAAGGAAUGUAUCUGGCAUCAUGUCAUAAACAUACAAAAAUCCAGGGAAGAGCCAAACCACAAUCUUCCUUGGAAGAGGAACUGCACCCCUUCAGAUGUAGCUAGCCUGCGGAGGUCGAUGACCCUGGAGAAUGUAAAAGUUCAGGUGGGGAUAAGUUUGUCUUGUUUGUCUGAAAUCUGUCACUAUGCAGGGAGUUAGGUUUCAGAGUCUGUGGACAUGCAGCAAGGAAAUACCUAAGGAAACUGAGACCUGUCUUAGCCAUGUCUCAGUUUAUUUUAUGGAUUCCAGACUGUGGAGCACACAACCAAAUGUGAGAUGGACUGGAUGCUAAUCACUAGGCUGUGGGAAAGCAAUACAUUUUUGUAAUACGUGUGGUCAGUUGUCUCACAUUACCAUAGGUAAGUGUGCAACAAAUUUUGCACAAUAGGCUAUUUUAAAUAUUCUGGGAACCAGGCCCCUUUUCCCUGGGGCGAUAACAGGUCACUGAGUCCGUGUUUGGGUGCAAACCAAAUGAACACGGUUGGGGUUCACCUUUCACUUAGGGAUUUGCAGCACUGUAGUGUGGUACAAUGCUCUAAGAUAAGUUGGGCUGUUUGUUUGUAGCACUGAAGGAAAAUCAUAAGUGGAUAAUUCCUUAAAGAACCUGAGGAAACUCAGACUAAUAAAAAAA